AUGCCCCCGGGAUCUCAGCGACUUUCCCGGGGAACUUCCAGCUGGAAACCCCCGGUGAGCCCCGGGAUGGGGGAGUCGGACCGUCCCCGGCAGGGUGGCUGGGAGGGACCCCCGAAUGCUGCCGAGGGUGGGGGGGUCUCAAACCGCCCCGACCCCCGUGCCCGGCCCUUCCCGGUGCGACUGCACGGCCCCGGUGCCCCGACCUCCUUGCACCACGUGGCUACCGCCGGUGAGAGGAUCCUGGGCUACGCGGAGGAACCUUGCUAUCUCUGGUUCGUCAUGGAGUUCUGUGAAGGUGGAGACCUCAACCAGUACAUCCUCUCACGAAGACCCGACCCGGCGACAAACAAGAGCUUCAUGCUGCAGCUGACCAGCGCCAUUGCCUUCCUGCACAAGAACCAUAUUGUCCACCGGGACCUGAAACCAGACAAUAUCCUGAUAACCGAGAAGUCUGGCACCCCCGUUCUCAAGGUGGCCGAUUUUGGGCUGAGCAAGGUCUGUGCUGGCCUGACUGCUCGGGGCAAGGAGGGCACGCACGAGAACAAAAAUGUGAAUGUGAACAAGUACUGGCUCUCCUCGGCUUGUGGCUCUGAUUUCUACAUGGCACCCGAGGUCUGGGAGGGACACUACACCGCCAAGGCUGACAUCUUCGCCCUCGGCAUCAUCAUCUGGGCCAUGAUCGAGAGGAUCACUUUCAUCGACGCGGAGACCAAGAAGGAGCUGCUGGGGACCUACAUCAAACAAGGGACUGAGAUUGUGCCUGUUGGGGAAGCGCUGCUAGAAAACCCAAAGAUGGAGCUGCACAUCCCUCAGAAACGCAGGACUUCCAUGUCUGAGGGGAUCAAGCAGCUCUUGAAAGACAUGUUGGCUGCUAACCCGCAGGAUCGACCCGAUGCCUUUGAGCUUGAAACCAGAAUGGACCAGGUUACAUGUGCUGCUUAAAUUCAGGGCAGGGCACUGCUGUGCUUUACCGCUGGGUUUAUUUACCAGGGACCCAUGAUCUCCAUUAUUUUCGUGCAACGAGGGAAGGCAAAGAUAAGGGAAGAUGAUGAUACAGAAGACCCCUGGUCUGCAGGAUCUCUGGCAAUGUGAAAUCUUUGGGUGUUACUUUGUUUUGUUGGGAAGAGGGGUUCUGGCAGUGUGGGAGGGGGCUGCAGGGGUCUGUGGAAGAGCACAAGCUGGCAGCUGUCACACUCACAAAACUUUUCAACAAGAUCCAGAGCGUGGAGCUGCCCUUUGCCCAGCCCUCCCUGUGUCUCCUGUGCUGCCAUUUGACUCAGUAGGUGUUUUUAGAGAAGAUCUGGCUCCAUAAGGAGGUGGGGAUUCACAGCCCAGCAGCAAGGUGUGCUACCAGGCACCAGCUGGGCACAAUUUUGGGUUUGAAGGUAUUGCUUUUGCCUAAGGGAAACGGGAGCAAAGUGAUUGCUGGUUUUGCAUCGGGCGUGCAAUGCUUUAGAAAGAGUGAGUCUCUCGGACCAAGCGACUAAAUAAUUUCAUAGCCAGGCAGCUUCUGAGUAGGUGGAUGCUGCCCAGGCUGUGAGCAGUUGACAUUAGGAUAAAGUAGGAUAAACAAGCUAGAAAGCCAUUCAGUGAGGCAGGUCUGCUGCUGCCAAGGACAGACCUUCAUUCUCCCCAAGGUGGAUUUCACUCGUGGCAUUUGUUACAGUCUCUAAUGCAGAGGGUAACAGGGAGCCCAUAGGUACAUUUCUGGGUGGACAUUGUCUGCGUACGAAAGCAACAGAAAGCAGUCCACUACUCUGAGCCAUUUAAUGCCAGACUUCAGUUGUUAGGAACAAAACUUGGGAGAGGAGGAGGAGGUUUGGCCUAAAUGGCUCACAGGCUGGAUUCUAGCCUCCUGUGAAACACUUUUCCCCGCUAGAUAACUAUCUUCAGGAAGCAAAAGGCAAUGCUGCUGUUUGGGUUUGGUUACAGUACAGCUCAGGUAAGAAGAUUGGAACCUCAGGCUGAGCAGUUAAUACUCUAUUUCCUUGCCUGUAUUUAGAGCAACACUAAUAUUCCAGGGCUGACCCCGUGUUGAUGGUCUUUAGACUUUGCCCACUGUAAAUGCAAUGUAAAGCACCACCUCUUCUCCACCCUGCAAGUUCUGAACCAACUAUAAAACACUUCUCAUCAGGCUCAAUCACGCGGCAGCGGUUUGGGGAGCUCACGAGCUGCCUGGAUGCUCAGCCCUUACCGUGCUCAGAGCUGCCCAGGGCCACAGGGUCCCUCCGAGCCCCUUGUCCCUGGCUGUGGGAGCUGCAGGCUGCAGCUUUCCGGUGUCACCACUGACACUUCAGGUUCUGAACUGACACAGCACCUCUUUGUAUUUACUCCGUGUAUUUUGCUGACCUCAGAGGAGUGAAUGGAAAUGCAGGGAAUUCAGCUGGGCUAAGGCAGAGCUAAAGCAGGGAAAAGAGGGAGGGGUAUCUUUUUUUUUUUCUUUUUUUUUUCUUUUUUUUUUUCUUUUUUUUUCUUCCAUUUUUUCCAGGAAACAAAGCUAAGGCUGUUGCUGCAGGAAGGCCAGGUCACUUUUAGGAGGACGAUGCCAGGAGGCUCCAGCCCAUCAGUCUGUGACUUGGGGAGGUUCGGACAGCACAAAUUCAGCGCCAAGCCCCUGUUCCCAUGCUGCUUUUUCUGUUUGUUCUUAGGGAUGCUUCUGUGGGCUGUGGCCAGCCACAGCCAGACCAUGACUGUAGAGGCUCCUUCCAGGCUGGUUACUGGGGUUUGAGCAGUUUGGGUUUGGUUAGCAGGCUCUGUGCACUCACAGAGUACUCUCGGGGGCUGUGAGCAGCACUUUGGCUGCUCUCAUUUCUCUCUAAUUAGCAGCAGAUCCCUGCGGUGGCCGUGCUGAGGAGCUGCAGAGGGGUUUCUCCCCCAGCUCCUGCGUCCCUCAGGAAGGAUAAGAGCUCAACCCUGUAGUUCACAAGUACAGUGUUAGUGCCCUGAUCACUGGACCAUCCUUCCCCCACCUGACAGAGCCUUUGCUCCUGACUGUUAUGACCUAACCCUGGCUUGAACCAGUGCAGUGAGAGGGCUUUACCCUCCCAGCCCUGCUGAUGUGGCUUCCCCUGCUGGAAGGGCCCCUCACCAGGCAUUACAUCCCAGUUGAAGGGACCUUUCCACUUGUGGAAACCAAGGUGGAAGGUGGUGAGUGGGUUUCUCACUGGGACCACUGCUUCCAGCUGGCUGCCUCUCUGGGGACAGGGGGGAGCCUGGUAGCAUCCUGGGAGGGUCCAGCCCUCUUGGUCCACUGCUGGUUCAGGCCAUCUUCAAACCACACGUCUCCACCUCAGCUUUUUGCAUUGCAAUUGUGUUUUUAAAGCAGCUUGAUGUUAGUGAGCUAGACCGUAGUGCCUUACUUUAGGAUUUAGCAAACACUUCCAAGGACGAGUCCGAGGGCUGGUAGCCUUCGACCACUGUGGAUGCUUCCCUGAUUAGUUUGUUCUUUUAAGAGCAUUUCUCCCUGGUUAUUUUGCUGCUGUUUGUGCUCGACUCCCCAGACUAUACGGGAACCUGCCUUGUGUUUACAGCUCCCAGCAUCUCUCCUCCCAGUUACUUUGGCCCAGACCAGCACUCCCUCUAGAACAAGGUGGGAACGGCUCAAACCUGCAUGUGCUGUGGGAUGGAGGAUGUUCAGGCUUUUUUUUUUUUAUUAUUCCCAGAUGGGUCUGUCGGGCAUCUCCUGCCCAACUCCUGCAGGCUGAGCUUCUCCCUCCCCUGUAGAUGUUUUUGGCAUUAGGAUGCGCCGCUGGGAAAACUCAAGCUAAAGAAAGCAGGACCAAACCUGCAGCCCGUUGCCCAGCCCGGGGCCAGGCUGUCUCCAUCUCUUCCUGGCCUCAGUGAAGCUGAGCAUCCAGGUGCUGGGGAGAACUGGUCAGAGUGGUGGGAGCCAAGCACCCUUUGGUGAAACCCCGCUGCCCUCUGAGCUUGUGGGG